AAUGAAAUUAUUAUUUUUCAAAACAAAUAUUUAUAUAAGAACAAAAUUAACGAAAACUUCACUCGUUGUACUACAAUGAAAACAUCAUUCAAAAUGUGUUUGGACCUAUUUUUUACAAAUACAAUUCACAGCUAUUCUUAAUUACCAUUUUUACCAUUGCAUACUAAUAUACUUUUGACCAAUAAAUUAAAUCGUACUAUUAGCAAUUUCAUAACUAAAUUAGUCAAGGUGAAAACGGUGAUAUAAAAAAUAAAAAUAAAUAAAUAAAUAAAUACACAGAAAAUAAAAUAUUAACACGACGGCUUCUUCUUUCAGGAAAACAUAACGGAGAGAGAGAGAGAGAGAGAACACAACGAUUCAGAAGAGAAGCGCAGGUCGCAGAGAGAGAAAGAACACACGCCGCAACGGUGAUUUUCCGGCGAAACGGGAACAACCAGAUUAAGAUUUAGCGAGAGCUUUCUAGGGUUUCCUUCUCGAUUCGUCUUCUUUGACCUCGAUCUCUUAUUCUCCAGAAAUUUCUCAUCCUUCUCACGUUCCUUCGUCUUCCUCCCAGCUCUAUUCUAGGGUUUUUUUGAUCCCCUUCGCUACGUUUCCUUACCCUCCCCGGUUCUUGAAUUUGGCGGUGGAUGUUCUGAAGCAUGAGUAUUGAUAUCCCCGGGACUUGAGAAAAGCUUUGUUUCCAUGAGCGAUGGGGGUGUCGCCACAUGCAUGCCUCUACUGAAUAUCAUGGACAAGCUUCCAGAGAAGACGCUUUGUGGAGGCAACAUUGAUACCAAGGUUCCCGAGAAUGGUCACACUUCAAUCUCAACUAGUGAUAAGCUUCCGGAGUCCCAGCCAGCUAAACCCUCAGCGUCUCAGCCACCUAAGAAGAAGAAAAUUGUUAAGGUUAUUCGUAAAGUUGUCAGGAGGAAGCCCAAGCAGCCUCAGAAACAAGCAGAAGAGCAGCCGAAAGAUCAGGUAGUGCAACUUUCUGGAGAAUCACAGGUCCUGAAGAAAGAGCAGGAUAAAAAGAGUGAACUUUUGCAAGGAAAAGGAGGAGAAAGUAGCAAUAAAGAAGAAAACGGUGGAGAUUCUGGGUUUAAGGAUGAAGUGGAAGAGGGUGAAUUAGGUACAUUAAAUUCUCAUGGGGAUUUGGAGACCGGUGAGAUUUCUCCAGUGAAGUCACUGCGGAAUAAUGAGAUUGAAAAAGGGGAGAUUUCUGGGGAUUGCAGUAACCUGCAAUAUGAUAAAUCUUAUGUGGAGAGAAGGGAUUUACCCGCAGAUAAGUACAGGAAAGAAGAGAGAGAAAUCAGAUCAUGGAGAGAUCCCGGUAAUGAAAUUGAGAAGGGGGAGUUCAUUCCAGACAGAUGGCAUAAGAUGGAUACGGUAAAGGAUGAUCAUACUUACAACAGAUCUCGUAGGAAUGGAGUUGACAGAGAGAAAACGUGGAAAUAUGAUUAUGACUAUGAACAUGAACGCACCCCGCCCGGCGGGAGGUUUUUGAAUGAGGAUACCUAUCGCCGGAGAGAGUUCAGAAGUGGGAAUGACAGAGCUACGAGAGUCAGUUCUAAAAUUGUAAUAGAGGAAAGCUUACAUAAGAACGAAUACAACGAUCCCAAUAAUCUUGGGAAAGAGUACUCUUCUACUGUGAACAAACUGAAGCGACAUGGAGCUGAACCGGAUAGUUUUGAGCGCAAACAUCUUUAUGCGGAUAAUGGGGACUAUGGGAGCUCCAAAUAUAGAAAACUUUCUGAUGAUUGUUCCCGCUCUCUUCACCCAGACCACUAUUCACGGAACUCUGUUGAGAGAGACUACAGAGAUUCCUAUUCAUCAAAACACUCAUCUCUGGAAAAGUAUCCUAAAAAGCAUCAAGACUCAUAUUUCCCUGCCAGGGCUGUUUCAGACAGACAUGGACACAGCCCUGCACGAUCUGAUCUGUCCCCACAUGACCGGUCUAGGUACCAUGGCCACAGGGAUAGAAGUUCCCACAAUCGGGAAAGGUCGCCAUAUGCCCGGGAGAGAUCGCCAUAUAUCUUUGAGAAGCCUUCACAUGCUCGUAAAAGGUCUCCACAUGACCGCAGCCAUCACCAUGAUUAUAGAAGAAGUCCAAGUUACUCUGAAUGGUCCGGUGAUCGCCGCGACGGAACUUCUAAAUAUAUGGAAGAUCCCCAGAGCGAUCGUACCAGACGUAAUGGCCAUAGAGAUAUAAGCAGAAAGAGUGGAGUUAGGGAGAGGAGGGAUUCUCAGACUGGUAUGGAGCUUGAGAAUAAGCAAAGGCAUAGGGAUUCUAAUGGAAAAGAGUCGUCUCCAUCAAGAAAAGAAUUGCAAGGUAAAAACAUUUUGAAUAACAAUAAUCCGGUGGCUGAGAAAAAUUCUGUAUGUGAUUCUUCCAAGAUUCCAAGUGCGUGUGCAAAGGGAAAAGAGUCUGUGCUAGUUGGUGAAGCAACUACCGAAGAGUUGCCAUCGAUGGAGGUAGAUAUGGACAUUUGUGAUACACCACCUCACGAGGAGCCUAUGGCGGCAGAUUCAUCCUUGGGGGAGUGGUUUUAUCUUGAUUACUAUGGCACUGAACAUGGGCCUGCAAAGUUAUCCGAGCUUAAAGCUCUUGUGGAGCAAGGCAUUCUUUUCUCUGACCAUAUGAUUAAACAUUCAGAUAAUAAUAGGUGGGUCACUAUUGAAAAUGCAACAUCUCCUGUGGUCAACAUAAAUAUUCCAUCAAUCGUGUCAGAUGCUGUGACACGGCUCGUGAAUCCUCCUGAAGCGCCUGGUAAUUUAUUAGAAGAUAUUGCAGAUGCUGUCAAAGCAGUUCAUAUGGAGCAAGGAGCUGAAGAUUCCUUGCCUGAAUCAUUGUCCAUACCAGAUAGUAAUGAUACUGUAGUGGGCCAUCAUGAAGAUUUCCAGUUUGAUAACAGGAUCGCGAGUCUCUUGGAUGGCUAUACUAUCAUCCCUGGCAGGGAACUUGAAACACUUGGAGAAGCUGUGCAGAUUAAAGUUGAGCUUGAAGAGACGAGAAGGUUUGUGAGUUCUGAAGAUAUCAUCUGGUGCUACUAUCAAGUGGUAAAUCAGUUGCUAUUAAAUGAGGAGUCGUGGGAACGUUCAGAGCCCAAGGCAAUGGCCAUCGAAGAAUCGAAGUCAGAAAAUGUUGAUUGUUCUGAGAGCGAUGAGAUAGGCAGCUGGUUUUCAGGUCGUUGGUCUUGCACAGGCGGGGACUGGAUAAGACACGAUGAAGCUUUUCAAGAUAGAGAUUACAAAAAGAAAAUGGUUCUGAAUGAUGGUUUCCCAUUAUGCCUGAUGCAGAAGUCUGGGUAUGAGGAUCCUCGCUGGCAUCACAAGGAUGAUUUGUAUAAUCCUCGCAGCCGCUCUAGGCUGGAACUUCCCCUGUGGGCUUUUUCUGGUGUAGAUGAGAGAAAUCAGGCGAGGGGAGUAAAAGCUAGUGUGCUGUCUGUAGUUAGGCUUAACUCAUUAGUCGUUAAUGAUCAAGUUCCAUCAGUUCCUGAUCCCCUUGUAAAAGUUCGUGGUGGGGAAAAGUUCUCUUCAAGGCAUGCUCGUCCAUCCCCUGCAUCUAGUGAUUCCAAGAGGGAAUCCGUCGAAAGUAUUUCUCAGUCAUCAGCUUGCGGUAGUCAAGAUAUGCAGGGAUUUUGGAGAACUGACGCAUCUGUUAGCACCCCUGGGGAUCGUCUGUUUACAGUCGAUGAUUUGCAAUUGCAUUUGGGUGAUUGGUUCUACAUGGAUGGUUCUGGGCAAGAACAAGGACCUUUGCCAUUUUCGGAGCUCCAGAUAUUGGUUGCUAAAGGUUUAAUAAAGCGCCACACUAGUGUCUUCAGGAAAUCUGACAAAAUUUGGGUACCUGUUACUUCUAUCACAAAAACUUCUGAAAUCAGUGGCAAGGGGAAAGCCCCAGUUCUGCCUUCAGAUUGUCAAAGCCUUGAUGUCUCAGAGUCGCAGGAUUUCAAGCAUUCUGAAAUGGACACAAGUCUAAGCUCGUUCCAUGCUAUGCAUCCUCAGUUUCUUGGUUAUUUCCGUGGGAAACUCCAUCAAUUGGUUAUGAAAACAUACAAGACUCGGGAAUUUUCUGCUGCCAUAAACGAUGUCUUAGACUCUUGGAUUCAUGCAAGACAGCCAAAGAAAGAGACUGGCAAGUACAUGCACCCAUAUUCAGAAUUUGAUUCAUCAUCAUAUACGAAAAGAGUUCGAUUGAUGGCUGGUGAAAGUGGAGACCAUUCUGAAGUGAAAGAUGCACAAAUAUUUCAGAAGGAUGAGUCGACAUUUGAGGAUUUAUGUGGGGACGCUACUUUCCAUGUUGAAGGAAGUGGAUCUUCUGGCAGCGUGGGGAUGUACUGGGAUUUGUUAGAUGGUCACGUGUUAGCACGGGUGUUUCAUUUGCUGAGAUAUGAUGUAAAAUCACUUGCAUUUGCGUCCAUGACUUGUAGACACUGGAAGGCCAUUGUUAGUUCAUACAAGGAUAUUUCAAGACAAGUUGACUUAUCUUCUUUGGGUCCCAACUGCACAGAUUCUAGGCUCUGGAGUAUCAUGAACACUUACAACACGGAGAAGAUUGAUUCUAUUAUUCUGGUUGGUUGUACAAACGUGACUUCCAGCAUGCUUGAGGAAAUUCUUCGUUUAUUUCCCCAUAUAUCUUCUAUAGACAUCACAGGCUGCUCCCAGUUUGGAAAUUUGACUUUGAAAUAUAGAAAAGUAAGUUGGCUCAAAUGCCAGCAUCCUGGACCAGGUGACUUGCAUUCCAGGUCAAGGAGUUUGAAACAGACUAAUGUUAAUAAGUCUAUGGAAUUAGGAGGAGAUACAGAUGAUUUUGGUAACCUUAAGGAUUACUUUGAUCGAGUGGAAAAGCGAGACUCAGCCAAUCAGUUAUUCCGAAGAAGCUUAUACAAACGCUCAAAAUUGUAUGAUGCACGGAAAUCAUCGGCAAUUCUAUCCAGGGAUGCUCGUAUCAGGCGAUGGGCGAUUAAGAAGUCAGAACACGGGUAUAAGAGAGUGGAGGAAUUCCUUUCUUCAAGCCUUAGGGGCAUCAUGAAGCAGAAUACUUUUGACUUCUUUGAUUUAAAGGUUGCUCAUAUAGAGGAAAAAAUGAAAAACGGUUACUACGUUAGUCAUGGUUUGAAAUCUGUCAAGGAGGAUAUCAGCCGGAUGUGCAGGGAAGCAAUUAAAGAGAGGAAUCGGGGAGACUCCAAAGAGAUGAACCGAAUCAUCAUACUGUUUAUCCAACUUGCCACACGUUUAGAAGAGGUCUCUAUGGCUACUUCUUCAUAUAGAAGAGAUGAAUUGAUGAAGUCGUGGCAAGAUGGCUCAGGGUUGUCAUCAGCCUCUAAGUACAACAAGAAGUUGAGCAAAUCUGUAACUGAAAAGAAGUACAUGAGCAGGACGAGUGACACAUUUGGUGUAAAUGGUGCGCUGGACUACGGAGAAUAUGCAUCUGACCGCGAAAUCAAAAGGCGUUUGUCUAAACUGAAUCGUAAAUCAUUUGGUUCGGGAAGUGAAACAUCUUCCGCGCUAUCUGACAAUGACAAUUACAGCUCAGCUUCAGAAAGCGAAUCGGAUAUCCGUUCAGAAGGUCGAUCACAGGACUCACGUGUUGAAAAAUAUUUUACAGCAGACGAAUCCUUUGAUUCUGUGACCGAAGAGCGUGAAUGGGGUGCACGUAUGACCAAAGCUAGUCUUGUGCCACCAGUCACAAGGAAAUAUGAACUGAUUGAAGAGUACACGAUUGUCGCUGACGAGGAGGAGGUACAACGAAAGAUGCGGGUUUCUUUGCCAGAGGACUAUGAUGAGAAGCUGAAUGCACAACGAAAUGGCAUUGAAGAGUUAGAUAUGGAGCUUCCUGAAGUCAAGGAGUAUAAACCAAGAAAGCUUCUUGGCAACGAGGUUUUAGAGCAAGAGGUUUAUGGAAUCGAUCCUUACACCCAUAACCUCUUACUUGAUUCAAUGCCCGGAGAAUUGGACUGGUCACUGCAGGAUAAACAUUCAUUUAUAGAAGAUGUAGUCUUACGUGCCCUGAACAGGAAAGUCAGGUUUCUCACUGGAUCUGGAAACACCCCCAUGGUAUUCCCUUUAAGACCUGUGAUUGAAGAGCUCAAAGAGAAUGCUCGUGAAGAGUGUGAUAUACAAACAAUGAAAAUGUGUCAAGGCGUCUUAAAGGCUAUAGAAAGUCGUUCUGGUGAUAAUUAUGUGUCUUAUCGGAAGGGCCUCGGUGUUGUUUGCAACAAACAAGGUGGUUUUGUGGAAGACGAUUUUGUUGUUGAAUUUCUUGGAGAGGUUUAUCCUGUUUGGAAGUGGUUUGAGAAGCAAGAUGGAAUUCGUUCCUUGCAGGAAAACAAAACUGAUCCUGCACCAGAGUUUUACAAUAUCUAUCUUGAGAGACCGAAGGGUGACGCUGAUGGAUAUGAUUUAGUUGUUGUUGAUGCCAUGCACAAGGCUAAUUAUGCGAGUCGAAUUUGUCAUUCUUGCCGACCUAACUGUGAAGCUAAGGUUACUGCGGUGGAUGGACACUACCAGAUUGGCAUCUAUUCAGUACGUCCGAUUGAAUACGGCGAGGAGAUAACUUUUGAUUAUAAUUCUGUAACUGAGAGUAAGGAAGAAUAUGAAGCUUCUGUCUGCUUGUGUGGUAGCCAAGUAUGCCGAGGCAGCUACUUGAAUCUCACUGGUGAAGGUGCAUUUCAGAAGGUGUUGAAGGAAUGGCAUGGUCUGCUGGAUCGACAUAGACUGAUGCUAGAAGCUUGUAUACUGAAUUCAGUUUCAGAAGAAGAUUAUCUUGAGUUGGGAAGAGCUGGACUGGGAAGUUGUAUGCUUGGUGGGCUGCCAGAUUGGGUGAUUGCGUAUUCUGCUCAUCUGGUGCGGUUCAUCAAUUUCGAGAGAACUAAGCUUCCAGAGGAAAUUCUUAAGCAUAAUAUGGAAGAAAAGAGAAAAUAUUUUUCAGACAUACACCUUGAUGUUGAGAAAAGUGAUGCUGAGGUUCAGGCUGAGGGUGUCUACAACCAGAGGCUUCAGAAUUUGGCUGUCACACUUGACAAGGUAAGAUAUGUUAUGAGACGUGUGUUUGGGGAUCCAAAGAACGCUCCUCCUCCGCUGGAGAAGCUUACUCCUGAAGAAACAGUCUCUUUUUUGUGGAACGGGGAUGGCUCCUUAGUUGAGGAGAUCCUUCAGUGCCUUUCGCCACACGUGGAAGAGGGCAUUGUUGAUGAACUCAGAUCCAAGAUUCGUGCCCAUGAUCCAUCUGGAUCUGCAGACGUCCUUAAGGAUCUUCAAAGAUCAUUACUUUGGUUGAGAGAUGAGGUCCGAGAUCUACCUUGUACAUACAAGUGUCGGAAUGAUGCUGCAGCUGAUUUGAUUCACAUAUAUGCCUAUACAAAGUGCUUUUUCAAAGUUCGGGAAUACAAGUCAUUUAUGUCUUCUCCUGUACAAAUUAGCCCGUUAGAUUUGGGGGCCAAAUAUGCGGACAAGUUAGGCGAGGGUAUAAAGGAGUACCGGAAAACAUAUGGCGAGAACUAUUGUCUCGGCCAGCUGAUUUACUGGUAUGAACAGACAAAUACUGAUCCUGAUCUUACAUUGGUGAAAGCAACCAGAGGUUGCCUCUCUUUACCCGAAGUUGCUUCCUUCUACGCAAAGGCUCAUAAGCCAUCAAAGCAUCGUGUUUAUGGCCCAAAGACGGUGAAAACAAUGGUUUCACAGAUGUCAAAGCAACCUCAAAAGCCAUGGGCAAAGGACAAAAUAUGGAUGUUCAAAAGCACCUUGGGAGUAUUAGGAAGCCCGAUGUUCGAUGCUGUAGUCAACAACUCGUCACUAGAUAGAGAAUUAUUGCAGUGGCUCAAAAACAGAAGGCAUGUCUUUCAAGCGACAUGGGAUAGUUAGGUAAAAAAGGAAAGGAAACCUCUAUUAUUCAGAAGCUUUCUCUUUUCUAGGAAAGCGAGGGGGAGGCAACACAGUUACUAUAAAUAGUCUCUUACUCAUUCACUGCAAGGAGUCUCUCAAGCUUUCCCCUCAUUCUAAUGUAUAGCUUUUUUACCAUAUAUGUGAUUUUUAGAAUUUAACAAUAACUUUGGGUUAGGAUACCAUUGUUAUUCUUGUUAGAUUAGGCUCACAUAAUUUUCAUAGAGGAGAAUCAUUUGACUAGGUUGUAUCUCUUCUUUUAGUAACAAAAGCUCUCGUGUUCUUGUUCCUA